AUGGCGUCUUUGAUGGACCUUGUGUCCCAAAACCAACCCAAAUUCCAAACACACCAAGCCCUUGUUCUCGUUGGACUCCAGAACGACUUUGUGACAUCAGAAGGACGACUUCCCGUUGACACCCAGACGGGCUUUCUGGAGCGCAUCCAGACUUUGAUUCCGAAAUUCAGAGAGCUCAGCGGCAAUGUCAUUUGGGUCCAGACGCUGUACGAAGCCGAUCGCAUCGCGACUGGCGCCGACACGGGUGCGGGAGACACGCUUGUCGUAGAAGGGCUGCUCGACGGCGAGGAAAACAACAAUGAAGCUGAGGAAGAGUUAGCCAAGGAAGCAGCGUCGCUGCCAGCGCCCUCCAGAUCCUCAAAACACAAGGAACGCGCGCUAGCCCUGCUGAAACGCGUGUCAGCACGACGAAAGACGCUGCCAAAGGAAGUCGCAAAAGCCAAGGCUGAAGAAGACGACGAGCUGUUCCUGUUGAAGAGCGAGAAGAGAACGCCAGCAUGCGUACCCGACACGCGUGGCGCCGAGUUUGCAGAUGCUAUCGCGAAGCAGAUCGAGCUACCUGCAGACGUUGUGAUACAAACGACCAAUUACUCCGCCUUCCAGGGCACCGACAUGCUCAUAACACUGCGCGCAAGACUCAUUACCGAACUCUUCAUCUGCGGAUGCAUCACCAAUGUUUCUGUGCUUGCAACUGUCAUCGAUGCAGCGCGGCAUGGUGUCAAGAUUCAUGUCAUAGAAGACUGCUUGGGCUUCCGCAGGGAAAACCGACACGAACUGGCGCUGAAGCGCAUGGAAGAUUUCUUCAGCACGUAUUUGGUCAACAGUGAAGAGAUACUCAAGGAGGAUACGACGAUAAUUGCGACAAAGACAACAGCGCCUGCGGAUGGCGCGAAGAGCGAGCAGACUAUGGAGGAGCGUAUGGCUAAAUUGUCUCUCGCAAGGGACAUCAUAGAGAAGAGGGCUGCACAGGGUGCUGCAGGUGCCGCGGAAGAUAAGACAGAAGGGGACAAGCCGGAACUUGUCAAGUCGAAGGUUCGAAUGAGGAAGAAUAGGAAGAGCAAGAAGAAAGCGAAGGACAGAGAAGCAUCAAAGGAAGAUGGUGAAGAGGCGAAUGGCGAGCCGAGCACGACGGCGAACCAGGUUACGAAAGAUCCAUCUCCGCCAAUCACUACGGCACCGACAGUCAUACCACAGUCCGCAUCGGCUGAGCCUCAACGAAUGUCCAAGAUUGCAAAAGCUGGGAGUGUUGCAGAUUUGCGGCAGAAGGAUAGCAAGCAGCAUAUGCUGAAGAAUGCUAGCUCGGUACCUGCAUUGUCCGCGAAGGCUGGUGAUGAGAAGGAGAAAAACAGGUUGACUGAACUCUCGGAUCGCGUGCGCAUGUCACUCACUAGGGCACCAAAGUCUGAGUCGGGGUCUGAGUCAAAGAGAGGGUCCAUCAGUUCUGCAAAGCCUGCACCAACCACCCCGAAGCAAGACGACAGGGAAAUCAAGCUACCGACUGUAGAAGCUGCACGGCCAGAACAACCUCCUGUCAGCACGCCAGAAGCCAGUUCGCCAUCAUCAACAAAGACACCUACAAAAGCCGCAACGAUGGGUAAGCCGCCCAAGUUGCAGUCACUCGCAACGUUCCCCGUCCUAGGGCCUGGCGAUCACAUUGCAGAAGGCGACUCACGCAUCAUCCACGAUUUCUUCCCCGCCGACUACUUCCACCCGUCCGAACCAGCAAAACCACUCAAAGACACCAUCUUCACCCAACUCUACAACGAAGUCCGAUGGCAAAAGAUGCUCCACCAACAAGGCGAAGUACCCCGUCUAGUAUGCUGCCAGGGCGCCUUCGGCGACGACGGCUCAAUGCCCGUAUACCGGCACCCAUCCGACCAAACCCUGCCCCUAAUGCGCUUCUCCCCCAAAGUCCACGUCAUACGAAAGCGCGCCGAGGCGCUCGUCGGCCACCCAUUAAACCACGUGCUAAUCCAACUCUACCGCUCCGGCAACGACUUCAUCUCCGAGCACUCGGACAAGACGCUCGACAUCGCAAAAGGCUCCUCCAUCGUCAACGUAAGCUUCGGUUCGCAACGCACGAUGCGGCUCCGCACCAAGAAAGCCGAAUCACAAGCAAAACCAGAAGAAGAAGAAGAAGACCCCUCACCCGCGUCCUCACCACGCUCAACCCAGCGCGUCCACCUCCCCCAUAACUCCAUGUUCACCCUCGGCCUCGCCUCAAACGCAAAAUGGCUCCACGGCAUCCAGCCCGACAAGCGCCUGCCCGCCGAACGCAGCGAAACGGAAAACGCAUAUGGAGGCAUACGCAUCAGUCUGACGUUCCGCCACAUAGCCACGUACCUCGAUUGCCGCAGCACCAUCAUCUGGGGCCAAGGCGCGACGUCGAAAACGCAACGCGACGCCGCUGAUAUCGUUGCGAAUGACGAGGCGGAGACGAAACGCCUCAUCACUGCGUUCAGCCGCGAGAAUCACAAUGUCGAGUUUGAGUGGGAGAAGUGGUAUGGUGAGGGGUUUGAUGUUUUGCACCUCCAUGAGCCGCCGGGUGACGAUACACCGCUGCUUUUCCUGUCGAACAACAGCCUGGAGAAUGAUCAAGUGCUUAUCUGUCUAGCGGAAUCGAAAGUGCCCUAUACGGUUGUUGAAGCACCAAACCUCGACCCGUCGUUUGAACAAAACCGCCAAAUCACCUUCCGGGAUGUCGACGUCCAGCAUUCAGAGAUUCACACGCCGAUGGGUAUAUUACUGUGCCUAGACCGAUAUCACCCCCUCGAUAAAAGCCAUUCUGCGAAUUUGGCUACUGCGAAUGCGUUUCCUAUCAUACUAUUAGCAUCAGAGAUCUUGCGGGUUUGGCGGAAUCAGCAGAACCCGCGGAGAAGUGGAGGAACCGAGGGGAGUGGAGAAAUACGGGGGGAUACUACUCCUACUUCUACUCCUACUACUCCUACUCCUACUACCACCACCACCAACUUCGCCUUACAGAACCUCCUAGCGCGUCUAGAAGAAACUGUAGAGAGGAACGGGGGACCGUUUGUAGCGGGGAGUAGGUUUAGUAUUGCGGAUGCGUUUGUUUGGCCGGUUGUACAUGGGUUGGUUGGGGAGUGGCAGGGCUGGGAGGAGGCACGAUUUGCGAAGCUGGAUGAGUGGUAUCGCGGGUGUUGGAAGAGGAAGGCGUGUGUUAAGAAGGUGGCGGAGAGGUUGGCUGUGUCGGGGAAGGGGAAGGUUGGCGGGGAGGAGGGGAAGGAGUAG